UUUGGGACUUCACAGUACCCAGUAACAGAGUCGUGCAAUAUGAGGAGAAAAGACACCACAAAUCGCCUACCAAAUGGUCUCUUCCUUACUGCGGCCCUGGCAGCCAUAUUACCCCUAGUGUAUGGCUCCAUCGAGCGACCCAGCCUCCUGCCAACACCGCCCAUGGGGUUCAACAAUUGGGCCCGCUUCAUGUGCGACCUCAACGAGACCCUAUUCACCGAGACAGCCGAUGCAAUGGCAUCCAACGGUCUGCGCGACGCCGGAUACAAUCGCAUCAACCUGGAUGACUGUUGGAUGGCCGAUCAGCGCGCCGACAAUGGAUCCCUCCAAUGGAACACGACUAAAUUCCCUCACGGCCUCCCGUGGCUCGGAAACUACCUCAAAACCAAAGGAUUCUACUUUGGCAUCUACGAAGACGCAGGCAACCUGACCUGCGGGGGAUACCCGGGCUCGUACCAUCACGAGGAGUUGGAUGCCAACACGUUCGCCUCCUGGGGCGUCGACUACGUCAAGGUCGACGGCUGCAACGUCUACGCGAUGCACGGCAGGACCCUCGAAGAGGAAUACAAACACCGCUACGGACACUGGAACGUAGUUCUCGACCGCAUGGAACAUCCCCUCAUCUUCUCCGAGUCCGCCCCGGCCUACUUUGCGGGCACCGAAAACCGCACAGACUGGUACACCGUGAUGGACUGGGUUCCCGUGUGCGGAGAGCUGGCGCGACACUCGACCGAUAUUCUUGUCUACAGUGGAGCCGGCAGUGCAUGGGAUAGCAUCAUGAAUAAUUACCACUAUAAUACCCUUCUGGCGCGCUAUCAGGCUCCAGGGUACUUUAACGACCCGGACUUUCUCAUCCCCGACCAUCCAGGCUUGACGGCGGAUGAAAAGCGGUCGCACUUUGCACUCUGGGCCUCGUUUUCGGCUCCGCUAAUCAUCAGUGCUUAUAUACCAGCGUUGUCGAAGGAUGACAUGGCCUAUCUGUCGAAUAAGGCUCUGAUUACGGUGGAUCAGGAUGAAUUGGCGCAGCAGGCUACGUUAGCCAGUCGCGACGAUACGCUGGAUAUAUUGACCCGGAGCCUGGCGAAUGGUGACCGAUUACUCACAGUGCUGAAUCGGGGGAACACAACCGUAAAGACUGAUGUCCCGAUCGAGUGGCUAGGCCUCACCAGGACUGGCUGCACGUACACCGCAGACGAUCUAUGGGACGGCAGCGUCCAGAAGGUCAGCAGUCACAUCGCUGUUCAACUAGCAACACACGCAACAGUGGUCUACCGAAUCAGUCUACCAAAGGCGUGCUCUGCAGUCGUGCCAACCGGCCUUGUAUUCAACACAGCAUCAGGGCACUGCUUAACGGCCAGCUCAAGCUCGGUCACGUUCCAGUCUUGCAGCGGACAAACCUCGCAGAUAUGGCAGGUCACAUCGUCUGGUACCAUUUGUCCACUUUCGUCUACCGGACAAUGUUUGGCUGCUGAUGGCGAUGCGGUGAAACUGCAAGCCUGCGAUAAGAGCGGGAGUGACGCUCAGAAAUGGACAUAUGCCGUUACAGGAAAUCUGAAGAAUGUAAACACGGGUGGCUGUUUGACGGAGGGGCCGGUGCAGUUGAAGACGUGUGGUGAUGAAAGGAAUAGCCAGGUCUUCGGUCUGCCGAGUGGUGUUCAGCUGUCGUCGGGGGCUUAAGAAUAGACCAACAUAUGUAGUGCCACGCCAAUAUGGCUUCCUUAGGGCUGUGGAAGAUGAAAUGCUAGGCUAGUCCACAUUACCGGCGUGAAUGGUACAGUUCUAUAGAACCGAACAGAAC